CAAAUGACGUGUAAUGUCAAAAUUGAUCAGUGAACAGAAUCACUUCGUGAUUACACGAAUGACAUUCAGUUCUGAGAAAGUUUGGGAUAAAUAUUUUUGAUAAUUUAGUAGGAUGACCGUUGAAGAAAUUAUUCAAACGAACGCACCAGAGGGAAAGGGAAAAAAUGCUCAAGAAGCCCUUAAACCUUUCACGCUAGAAAUUUUGAAAUUGAUCAAAGACUCUCAGCAACAGCAUGGAUUGAGACAUGGGGAUUAUCAAAGGUACAGAGGCUAUUGUUCGAGGAGAAUUCGUAGAUUGCGAAAAGUACUCAAGUUACCCCAAGGCGAUCGUAGACAUUUCAAGAAACGAGAUGUUUCCGAUACUCAUCUAAUUAAUCCUAAAGCUGAUGAAAGAUAUUUGCAUAUCUACCUUGUAUUAACAGAGAGAUGCUGGGCAUAUGCGAUGCAGUUAAGACAGGAAUCUAAUACUGAACCAAGAAAAAAAUUCCAUCUAAUUCAAAAAUUGAGGAAAGCAAGUGUUUAUGCUUUGCAACUCGAGGAACUGUGCAAGUUUGAAAGAUGUGAUGCUAGGACAAAAUUAGAGUCACAGGCUUAUGCUGCGUGGAUCCAAGGCACUCUAGAAUUUGAGCUGCAUUUAUGGAUGAAAGCGACAGAAAACCUGAAAAAAGCUCAAGUCAUUUAUGAGAAACUUGCAUCAACUUUACCUGAGGAUGAUCAGUUGCCCUAUAAGCAAAGAGUUGAAGAAAUUGCUCCUAGUUUAAGAUACUGUGCUUAUAAUAUUGGAGAUGAAAAAACUGUUGACAUACUCGAACUGAAGAGUCAAGGAGUUCUAGAAAAUUUUGAGACUUUAGUAGCACAAACUAAAGAAAAAACUAUCAAGGUGCUCCAUGAAAUUCAAUGGUUUGAUGUGAAAGUUCCAGUGAUAAUCGAACAAGUACGUAUUUUCCUGAUUGGUAUUGAAGGAUUAGAUGAUUCUCUCAAAAAAGCUGAAAAUAUCCAAGCUAAAAUAAAGAUUCUUGAAGAUCUCUUCAUUGAUCUCCGUGAUGUUAUAUCAUUGGCUAGAGAAGGUGCUCGUAAUGAGAAACAAAACCAAGUCCUUCUUUCUUACUUACUUUCCAUUCGUGUUGAAAGAACAUCGCAAAGAAACUUGCUAUUAGUUCAGCAGACCAGAAGGGCACAAGAUUGUGUUCGUUUAUUGGAUAUUGUUAUUCAGCAAACUAACGAACUGGCUCAAAAUGAUGAUAUCAAAAAUGAUGGAAGAGCACAAAAACACUACAGUGAUCAGAUAAGUGCUUAUAAGAUUUUGAGAUUGUAUUACUUGGCCAAAACUCAAGUAGCUCAAAAACGCUGGAGGGAAGCUGCUGCCUUGUAUGAUCUAACUGAAAAGGCCACAAAGGAAAAAUUGCCCAACUAUAAUUUUCCUGAAUUGGAGCAACUUGUUGAUCAUGUAAAAAAAAAUGUUGAAAUUGAAAAAGCCAAGGCUCAAGCAAACUUUGUACUGGAAAAAGAAGAUGAAAAUGUAACUGUAGUACCACAGAAAGUUUACAAGAGUAAGAAGCCGUUAAUUGAGAGAUUAGAUGAUUUCCGAGAGGAACCACAGUUACUAACCAAAAAUCCAAAUUUGGUUAGUUUGCCUACUAAUAUGGAGCCCAUACCUGUGAAACCAUUGUUUUAUGAUUUGGCGCUCAAUUUUGUAGAAUUUCCAGAUUUAUCUGAAAAACUUGAAGGAACUCAAAAAUCUAAACAAGGAGCAGGAAUUUCUGGUUUCGUUAAGGGUCUUUGGGGAUGGGGAAAAAAUUAAUUUCAUUCCUCUGAGUGAAAACAUUUUUCUUUAUGUUAAUUUAAAUAAAAGUUUUCAUGAAGAACGCAA